AUGGUUCUCCCCUCCGUCGUGCGUCUGUGCCGCAUCGCGCUAGUGGCGCUCAUCGUUCUGUUAGCAUUCGUCAAUGCCCUACCAGUGGCCGCACACUCGAAGAGACUGGGCGUUAGCCCGAGGGCUUCUCUCGACUUCAAGUCAGGCUACGAGCAAACUAAACGGCACCUGAGGACUCACAAGAAAUCGAGGGAAGAUGAAGCCAGGCCUUUAAUGUUGACAUCCCCGUCAUCUCGAAGCUUGCCGAAAAAGUGUCGAAGAAACCAAAGACUGAGGAUGAAGCGCUUCAACCCUUCACCAAAAUGA